AGUCGGCAGGCUCAUCGACUGAUCUCGAUCGUAGAAGAAGCAGAAGAGGCCAAAACGUCUCAGGCUCAUUCUCUUGUACCUUGACUUUGCGAACUUCUUUAACAAUGUGGCAAUCGAGGUGGUCGAGCAGGCAAUGAACAGCCUAGGCUUCCAUCCUGAGGACAUUAGAACUGUGAUAGCCUCUAAUGAUCGGGCUGCCUCAAGGUGGAGCAAGUAGCCCACAAUUGGCCAACUUGGUGAUGAAAGAAAUGCGAGAAUUGGUAGCAGUGGUGGAUUCCUUCUGCAAAUGGUCAGGACUGCAAAUCAACAAUAAGAAAUCAGAGAUAACCAGCUUCGACUAUGCUCGCAAGGGAGAGGUUCCUGGUGCGAACAAAAUAACGGUCAUGGGGGAACCUGUCGAAGCCCUACCGGCUACUAAACCGUUCAAAUAUCUCGGCUAUCGCAUCUCUCUGUGGAAGGAAGAAAGACGAAGAAUAAAGGGCUGCCCUUUCACUUGGGGAGAACGAGCAUACGUCUUUGAAAAAACCAAAGAACUGAUCAAAAACAUCAGCUCGUCGAGUUAUACUCCUGCGCAAAAAUUCUACCUGGUGAAAGUUGGAAUUCUCAACGUCUUUCGCUACUCCGCAGUCAUGACUGGAUGGACUUGGCGAGAUCUACAAGAAUUAGAUCAACUGUGGAUCAGAGCUUUUAAACAAGCGUUAGGACUGAGCAAAAGUACAGGGAAUGGUAUAUUCUACCUGCCAACAGAGAAUGGAGGGCUGCAGGUCCCUCAUCCUGCCCCAAUCCUAGGGCGAGCAGCGCUACGAUACAUCGUGUUUAAGCAAGGUGGAGACAUCCAAGAUAGACUGAUAUCUAAACUCAGAAACUGGUUGGCGGAAUGGGGAUGCCAAACAAUCCUCGAGCUCCAAAGAGAAAUGAAUUUUCGAACCUUGGAACGUGAUGUGGUGCGGGGACCCGAAGCUUUAGCAGUCUGGCUGGCGGAAAAACUAAACACGAGGAUCAGCUGGGCCCACAUAGAAGCAGCUGGAAGCAUCUCCCUCCUUCAUAGGAUGGAGGAUAUGGUGGCAAACUUGAACGACAGCGACAGACCACAAGGCUGGACGACCUUCCAAGCCUUAUGGAGGCAACUCCCGAAACUCCAAUUCUCCUUGCUACGCAAUAUACGACCUAUCGCUGACGAAGAACUGCAUUUGCCAAGGAAGCUCUGGCCUUUCCCAAGGCAACGCGAGGAGGCGGAGGGGAUCGUAAUGCAACUGCUUCCCUUCGCUCGGCGCCAUUUGCGAGGAAAGAAGAUGAAGAUGGAGCCAAGAACCCAGAGAAGACAGAGAUCCUA